UGUUUGUUUACCUUUUGGAAGUUUUUUUUUGCGAGAGAAAAAAAAUAACAAUUUCCGACCGAGAAAAGUGCUGGAAAAUCAGUGAAAAAUGAAAUUUCGCUUUUGCGGCGAUGGUGAUUGUCCUGACUGGAUCCUUGCUGAAAUUCAUUCAACACUCUCUGUGCUCAGUUCCGUAAAACUGCGUGUCCUGGCACAGAUGGUUGCCAAGUGUGUCCUUGGUGAGGAUAUUCCGGAAGAAAAACUCUUCGAUACAAUGUCUGCCAAUAAAAUGGAUGCAAGAUCAGCACGAUCGGCAUUUUCCUGCCUUCGCUUUCUCCUUACAAGUGCCGUCCGGCACAACACUCCACCAUCAAUCUUUGAGACAGAACUCCAGCAAUUGGGGCUACCGAAGGAACAUUCAGCAGCAAUCUGUAGGACUCAGGGGGAGUACUCCGAGAGGCUGCAGCAAUACCUCGAUAGUCAGUGUCUCAGUGUCAAUGAAUUGGGGGAUGUGGAGUGUGUGCCCUCACAAACCCAGCCGGAUUGCGUGAAUCUGAGUUUGGGCAUUGAGAAUGAGAUCAUCAAUGGGAUGCCACAGAAGACCCAUCACACUGUCACCAUUCACAAAUGUCAGCUGCCGCUUUUGAUAGGGGAGCUCAAGGCAGCACGGGAUGUGAUGGAGAAGCUCACAUAGGCAGGGGACAGGGGGUAAGUGUGAAUAUAGGGAAAAUUCUAUGCAGGGCGGGGGGUGAGUCUUGUCUAACUUUCUGUAUGUGUCUCAUCCAUAAAACAUUGAAAAAUCGUGUUAUCGAUCAAUUUUUUCGCCAUUUUCAUGAUUUUAUUAAGUGGAUACGUUUCCAUAAAUAUGUACCAUCAUCCGGGAAGGCACACGGUGCAUACAAGCUACCCAUAUAAAGAGGAAAAGGAACAUAUGUCGACAUCAUAUAUUUGAUGAUAAGGGCCAACAGGGUGAUGUCACACACUUCCUUCCUCGACAAUUCCACCAAAUAAUCAUUAUCUUUGCCGGAAAGAAUUUUUUUCAACGUUCUUUAUGAACAAAAUUUGGAAAAUAAAUUGAAUAAAAAUAAAUUUAAAAAUUGA